CCCCUCUUCUCCUCCUCCUCCUCCUCCUGCGUUCUCUCUCUUUUUAAAAAGCCGCUUAUUAAUUCAGAGAUUGAAAGAAAUAAUAGGAGGAAGGAGAGGAGGGGAUAGAGUAGCGAGGGCGAUGGCGAUGGCGAGGGUGGAGGAGAUACGGAGGGCGCAGAGGGCGGAGGGGCCGGCGACGGUGCUGGCGAUCGGGACGGCCACGCCGGCCAACUGCGUGUACCAGGCCGACUACCCCGACUACUACUUCCGCAUCACGAAAAGCGAGCAUCUCACCGAGCUCAAGGAGAAGUUCAAAAGAAUGUGUGACAAGUCGAUGAUUCGGAAGCGGUAUAUGCACCUGACGGAGGAGGCGCUGACGGAGAAUCCGAACAUCUGCGCGUACAUGGCGCCGUCGCUGGACGCGCGGCAGGACGUGGUGGUCGUGGAGGUGCCGAAGCUCGGGAAGGAGGCGGCGGCGAAGGCCCUGAAGGAGUGGGGACAGCCGCGGUCGAGGAUCACGCAUCUCGUCUUCUGCACUACUUCCGGCGUCGACAUGCCCGGCGCCGACUACCAGCUCACCAAGCUCCUCGGCCUCCGCCCGUCCGUCAACCGCCUCAUGCUCUACCAGCAGGGCUGUUUCGCCGGCGGCACCGUCCUCCGCGUCGCCAAGGACCUCGCGGAGAACAACCGCGGCGCGCGCGUGCUCGUCGUCUGCUCCGAGAUCACCGCCGUCACGUUCCGCGGGCCGUCGGAGUCCCACCUCGACUCCCUCGUCGGCCAGGCCCUCUUCGGGGAUGGUGCCGCUGCUGUUAUCCUCGGCGCCGACCCCGACCUAGCCGUCGAGCGCCCCUUGUUCGAGCUCGUCUCCGCUAGCCAAACCAUACUCCCCGACUCCGAGGGUGCCAUUGAUGGCCAUCUCAGGGAGAUUGGCCUCACCUUUCAUUUACUGAAGGACGUGCCGGGACUGAUAUCGAAAAACAUCGAGAGGAGCCUCGUCGAGGCGUUCACUCCGCUAGGGAUCAAUGACUGGAACUCGAUAUUCUGGAUAGCUCAUCCCGGCGGACCUGCCAUCCUAGACCAGGUGGAGGCGAAGCUGGGGCUCGAGAAGGAGAAGAUGCGCGCGACGCGGCACGUGCUGAGCGAGUUCGGGAACAUGUCGAGCGCCUGCGUGCUGUUCAUCCUCGACGAGAUGCGGAAGCGGUCGGCGGAGGAGGGGAAGGCGACCACCGGCGAGGGGCUCGAGUGGGGGGUGCUGUUUGGGUUCGGCCCGGGCCUCACCGUCGAGACCGUCGUCUUGCGUGGCAUGCCGAUCGCAGCUCAUUAAUUAAUUAAUUAAUUAAAUUAAGAUAUAUAUUUAUAUAUAUAUAUAUAUAUAUAUAGCAAAAUCAAUCGCAUCUAUAUAUUGGAGGUUGGUGUACUGUGCUUAUAUUCCUCUUGUUAUUGUUGCUAGUAAUGUAAUGAGAGGCCAAAUUAAAAUGUGUGGACAUAUAUAUAUAUAUAUAUAUAUAUUAUAUAUAUAUAAAAGAGUACCUUGCUUUGCUUAUGUAAUGUGACAAUUAAGUGAUGAUAUCCUGUAAUAAAAGAGGCCUCCAUUGUUAGCUUUGUA